AUCUUAUUUAAUUAUAUUAUUAAGCUGCUACUAUUAAAGGAGCCUAUAAUAAAUAUAGUAUAUAAUAGUAUCUUCGUUAUUAUUAAUAAAUUAAUAAAACAAGGAAUCUUUAUUUUAUAUAAGGAAGGUAGUAUAGCAGAAGAAUUAGGCUAUAUAAUAUAA